AGCUCAUCUUGUUGAGAAGAUCAAAGGCUUUCCACUGAAGGCAAAAUCGUUUUGAAAUACUGCAACUUAUCAAAAGGGUGUACCACGGUGGGGGUAUGAAAUUGCGUGUACGUCUGAGGGUCAAUAGUACUUUAGCCUCUUUUCUUUUCUCGUUAUUGUGUUAAAUUUAGGACAAGCGCGUUUACAUAGUAGCAGUUGGGAUUGGAAAAAACAUAAAUACUACAACCCUGAUACAGAUAGCAGGAGAAGAACAACGUGUGGUUCUUGUCGAGGAUUUCGAGGUCCUGCUGAAUAAAACUAAAGAGAUCAAGUCAUCUAUUUGUUCAGGUAUUUUGCCCAGAAAGAUUAUAGAUUAUAGAAUUUAAUUUUGGUCUGAAGAAAACAAGAUUUUUACAGUCUUGGCAAUCUGUUGGGCUUUACUUGCUUAUAGGGAUGCUGAUAAUGAACCUUUAUUAUAUACAUACUGAGAAAUGAUCAUCAAAAAGUUGUGUUGUAAAUUUUGAUACGCAAAUGAGUUCUGGCCAAUCAGAGGAGUGAACUAUGGUUUUCACACGUGAAAAAAAUGAUACGUCCAAUCAGAAUCGCGAACGAGGUUUUUUACAUGUGAGAAAAUGAUACAUCCAAUCAGAAGCCACAGAGGUGUGUGAGUUGCGCGCCAAAAUUCCCACCUUUUCUUGCAGCUUGGUGAACGUCACUUCGCACACAUUCGAGGAGAGAAGUUUUUUUUUGUCUCAGUAUGUAUACAAUAAACACAAUACCACACGUAAAGUGCUUCGUACGGUAUUUACCCACUCGUUGUUUUUGUAUCAGAAAUCUGACUCGUUCGCUGCGCUCACUCGUUCGAUUUCUGAUACAAAAACAACUCGUGUGUAAAUACCGUAUGCCAGCCCUAUUAAGCGCAUAGGCAUGAUGGCUGCAAUACUGUUGUCACUGUAAUAUUUCAGAACACUCCAGUGAGUUUUUAUGGAAUUAGAAGAGAUCACGGUGCGUUUUGUGAUACCUUGUAGUCAAUAUUACAGUAGCUUGAUUUCACAUAGUACGUGAAAUAGGGAGGAGAAGUGUGACGUCAAGUUACCAACAACUUUUCACGUGCACACGCUUUUUUUAUUUGUACAUUUCUCAGCCGUUGAUGCACGACUGCGACAUGAAACUUCCUAGUUUCAAGCGCCCGCUCUACGGAGUAGGUGAACACAACACCAAAAGUUUCUUUUUCUUUUUCUAAACUCUGGUACGGCCCUUUCGAUUAAAUCCAGAAAAUUUCGCCGAAAUUUGACAGAUUAAAUGAAAAUAAAUAAGAUCGAUGAAGUAUGAAACAGUGUGAAUAUAGUGAAUUUUCACUUUGUUGUCAUCCAAGAAUAUUGCUACCAUGGCAACGUGACGUAACGACUUUUUUAUGGUCUUUCUAGCACGAAUCACAUGCAUGGCUCUCAGUGCAGACCUUGCAUGUUGCUACAUCUUUAUUCAUAGCCAAAAGACAUAAUGCCUUUGAAGAGUCAGUAACAUUUUACUCAAUUUACCUCUAUAUGUACUUUUUUCAUUUGCAGAUUAACACGCCACUGCCAGCUAUGUAACGGGACGUUGUCAACAAAAUCGCGGGGUUCAUUUGUGGCGUGCAGAUCUACAGAACUGAGUGUGCUAUUCAGAAAGCCAUAGUUGCAGUUUAGUUCAGCAAAUUAAAGACCUGAAUGGAUAGUUUAUAGAAGCGUUAUGCUACUGUCGUUGCAUGACUAUAAUUAUGCAUAACUAUGACAGUAUUGACACAACUUUCAAAUUUGGUCAACGGUAGCUAGUUAUAUGAAGAAUUAGCCAGGGAUUUAAACCAAUCAGAAACGAAGGAAUAUUUUAGAUGAAUGAACCUAUAAGAUAUCUAUAGGGAUACCAGUGGCAGUGUAUUAAAGCAGUGUGGUGAAUAUUUACGUGUUCAGCCCAGCAUAUACCAUAAAGUUUACUUAAAUGAUGUUAAUCCUAUUGCAAAGGGUUGUGCAUUUCUUGAGGAUAUUUUCUUUCUUGUCUAUUGUCAAAUCUCAGGUAAAAACAACCAACUAGAAAAACGUCCUCGAAUUUUACAGUUACAAAUCAAGAAAGAUACAAGCCCGUAAUUUACUUCAAGUCACAAUUAAGCAGAUUGUGGUGUUACAACUGUUGUAACGACGCGAACAUCUGUGCCUCGUCCUUUAGGUCUUUCAGUUCAAUUGGAAUAUUUACCGUCCAAAAUCCUUGCAAACAAAGAUGAUAAACGGG